AUGCAGCCCAUGGACUUCGACGCCAGGUUGCUCAAGACGAACGUCCUGAUGCUUGUCAACCAACGUCUUGCAGACCAUGUCAGCGGAUUAGACGACGAUACAACAAGCGCUUUGGGAAGUCUGGCGAGCUAUGAGAUCUCGCGGGGCUCAACUGAAUCUAUGUUACACUUACUCGGCAUAGCACAGAUCAUAGAGCUGCGUGGUGGAAUUAAACAGAUACGGCCACGACGCUUAGCGAUGCUUUUGGAGAUACUUGAUAUAUGCCAUGCUGUAUACUUCAGCAAGAGACUAGUAUAUACCUCGCCUACGGACACAGCCGAACUUCCGACUGGACCUGAUAUCAACUCAACGCUUGACAGUGCUGCUUUCGAGGAGGUUGCCAACUUGUUCCUGGACUUACAGGAUCUCACGGAAAUAGAAGCAGAUACGGAGGUUUAUUCUACCAUUUCAUCCGAAGAAGCCACAGCAGCUCCCGCAAGCUUUGACGAUAUGGUACAACAGUACUACGAUGAUCUUGAGAGUGACGCAGCUAUUCUGGCUGCUGCCGGCGAAAGCGAUGCAGCGGGUGUAUGUAAACUGGCAGCUGCGUUGCAUCUGGCCUUCACCAGCUUUAUAGCGCAACCACGGAUACGACUAGAAGGCUUGCUUGACGGUCUCUUCCUAGCCAUUCGCCAAUGCCCGGAGCAUGCGUGGGAAGAACACAGCAAGGCCCACACGCGGAUACUACUUACAGCACUUGCGGCCUCGAGGACAGUGCAGCAAAAGUCGUGGUACAAUGCACACUUGGCCCGAUCGCUGUACCGUCUAGAUGGGGAGGCAUGGCAAGAGACCAAGUCCACAGUGUUGCAAUACAUCGACAUGCAAGCCGCAGACCGACAUUCCAAGCCACGGGCGGUUCGAGCUGUGGUGAAUGGCGUAGAGAUUGUGGUAGAUGCGGGGGAGGCGCGCGAUAGAGGCCUGCCAAUUUCGUCAAAAGUAGAACAGCUAGAGUGCGAGUGA